GUCACCGCCGCCCGGUCCCCGCCGCCAUUGGAGUUGGAGGGUCUCUCGCUCCAUCCCGGCUCGGGGCCAGCGCGGGGACAGGCCGCGGGGCGAGGGCGGGCGGGGAUGUGAGGAGAAGGGCCCCGGCAGGGCGAGAAGCGACCGGACCGACCCCCCCCUCCCCGUCCCCGGGGGGGCCUAGCCUGAGGAGAGACCCCCCCCCCCGCCCCGGCCGGGCGGGCCACACGGGGACCCGCCCCUGCACGCUGAGCCGGCCCCUCCCCCAGGCCCAGGCCGGAGCGCCCCUCGCAGGCCCAGGGGACAGGAGCUCCCUCCCCCGCGUUCUCCCCGUGCGCCUCCCCUCUGCGCGGAGGGGGCCGGGCCCUGCCCCUCCCCCGCUCCCUGCUAGCCACGGGGGCCCCGUACAUGAAUUAUGUCGGCCACAAGCGUUGACCCUCAGCGACCGAAAGGACAAGAUAAUAAAGUACAAAAUGGUUCAUUGCAUCAGAAGGACACAGUUCAUGACAACGAUUUUGAACCUUACCUUUCUGGACAGUCAAAUCAGAAUAAUAGCUAUCCAUCAAUGACUGAUCCCUAUUUGUCCAAUUAUUAUCCACCAUCUAUUGGGUUUCCCUAUUCUCUCAAUGAAGCACCGUGGUCUACUGGAGGAGAUCCUCCUAUCCCAUACCUCACCACCUAUGGACAGCUCAGUAAUGGAGACCAUCAUUUUAUGCAUGAUGCUGUUUUUGGACAGCCUGGGGGUCUGGGAAAUAACAUCUACCAACACAGAUUUAAUUUUUUCCCUGAAAAUCCUGCUUUCUCAGCUUGGGGAACAAGUGGAUCCCAAGGACAGCAGACUCAAAGUUCAGCUUAUGGGAGCAGUUACAGCUACCCACCUAGUUCACUGGGUGGCACGAUUGUGGAUGGACAAACAGGAUUUCAUAAUGAUACUUUGAAUAAAGCACCUGGAAUGAAUAGUAUUGAACAGGGAAUGGUUGGACUUAAGAUUGGUGGAGAUGUAACAACUUCUGCUGUGAAAACAGUAGGUUCUGUUGUCAACAAUGCCGGAAUGACAGGUGCUCUUCCUGGGAAUGGUGGAUCCAGUGUAAACUUGCCAGUAUCUAAACCAACCUCUUGGGCUGCUAUUGCCAGCAAGCCUGCCAAACCACAACCUAAAAUGAAAACAAAAACUGGGCCGGUAAUUGGAGGAGCUUUACCUCCACCACCUAUAAAACAUAAUAUGGACAUAGGUACUUGGGAUAAUAAGGGCCCUGUGGCAAAAGUUCCUGCUCCCCAGCAGAUCCCAUCUCCUCAGUCUGUCCCACAGCAACAAAUGGUUCAGCCUAUUCCAGCUCAACCUCCUCCCUUGACCCAGCCACAGUAUCAAAGUCCUCAGCAACCACCCCAAAACCGCUGGGUGGCUCCCCGCAACAGAAAUGCAGCUUUUGGCCAAAGUGGAGGAACUGGUAAUGAUAGCAACUCGACUGGCAGUACCCAGCCUAACUCUGUCCCAAGUGGCGAAUCCCAUCCCGUUCUUGAAAAACUGAAAGCUGCUCAUAGCUAUAACCCGAAAGAUUUUGAAUGGAAUCUUAAAAAUGGACGUGUGUUCAUAAUAAAGAGCUAUUCUGAGGAUGAUAUUCAUCGUUCCAUUAAAUAUUCUAUUUGGUGUAGCACAGAACAUGGCAACAAACGCUUGGACAGCGCUUUCCGAUCCAUGAAUAGUAAGGGCCCGGUCUACUUACUAUUCAGUGUUAAUGGUAGUGGACAUUUCUGUGGAGUAGCAGAAAUGAAAUCACCUGUGGACUAUGGCACUAGUGCUGGCGUCUGGUCUCAGGACAAAUGGAAGGGGAAAUUUGAUGUCAAAUGGAUCUUUGUGAAGGACGUGCCCAACAACCAGCUCCGACACAUCAGGCUGGAGAACAAUGACAACAAACCCGUUACAAACUCCCGUGACACACAGGAGGUGCCCUUAGAAAAAGCAAAACAAGUGCUUAAAAUUAUUGCUACUUACAAGCACACAACCUCCAUCUUUGAUGACUUUUCCCAUUAUGAAAAGCGCCAAGAAGAGGAGGAGGUGGUGCGGAAGGAACGGCAGAAUCGAAACAAACAAUAAGAAUAAACGUAUACAAUUUGCUAUAUAUAAUAGAACUGAUAUUAAAUUCGACUAUGAAAAACAAAUCUUAAAAACGUAAUCUGGUGCUAUAUCCUGGCAUCAGGACAAACUAAAGCUUUCAGCUCCAAUAUUUCUUCUCGUGCAGGGGGAAUUAAGUUGUUGCAUCUUUAAGUACAUUGUAGUUUGUUUUUGCCCAGGUGGAUCUGCAUUAAUUUGUAUCUUUUCUAUGUAAAAUGCUCUAGAAUCCAUUAAUAAAGGUGUAUCUCUUUUUAUUUUUUAAGUUAGUAAACAAUUAUACUGACCUAAUAUGGAACUAUAAAUGAGCAUCCUAAAAAUGUCAGUGUUUCCCAAAGACUUUAUUUUGGCACAAAUUAUGUUCCUAUUCUGAUAUUCACCAUAAUUUUGUAUAUGACAGAAUUUCUCUCCUCUUCAUCCCAAACCCUGUUUCUUCAUUGCAAUCAUAAGAAAUCAUUGAGUUUUGUCACUUUAAGAAUGUUGUUUAAGAGAAAUACUGCAUUCAGAAUAUUGAAAUAAAUUCAAUUUAAGAUCACUUUUUAAUUUAGUUAUACAAUUAUACUUUUAAAAAUGCUAACAUGCCACUUCGAUAUUUUCUGUCUCAAAGAAAAUCAGAUUGUCAGUGAAAUUGUUUAACUCUGAAAAUAUUUCCCUUUCACAUUCUGUUAACCAGUGCUUCAGUGUGCAUUUGUUAUACCCAUAUCCAGCAGAGAAUUAGUGAGAUGCUUUCUCUCAGCCAUAAUUCUGCUUUAUUGUUUUUGUAGCUUAAUAAUUAAAUAAUAAUGUAAAUGCUAUCAACAUUGCAGGGUUUUUGGACAAUGUGUUUAAACCUGUUUCAGCUUUCAGGUGUUUAGUUAAUUGCAGAUCAUUUUUAAUCUUUCCCUUUCUUUUCCCCCCAAAAUCCCAAUGCCAUUUAAAGUUUUUAUACCAAUAAUGCUGAGCUUUAACGUAGAAACUAAUAGUAUGGACAAUAUGAUGGAUUAUGCCUCAGAUGUUUAAAAUCGACUGUGUAUGUCUAAUUUUUUUUCUGUUGGAUGAGUAAAAAAAAAUGUUUUAAGAAACUGAAUUUGCUGUCAUGUUUUUGUGGAAUAAGGGAACCGUUGAAGAACUCGUCACCAACUGGAGUUUCAAUUAAGCAUGAAAAAUUGUGCUCAUGCCUGUUGCUCUAGCACACUGAAUCUGCACGUGUUUAUUGUAGAGGAUCUUUUACUAUAUUAGAAAGCAAAUAUCUUCUUCUGAAAACUAUUUACUCCAAAAGGACCUCUGAUUUAAAUAAAGUUUAAGCUGUAUCAUUUAGACUUGUAUUUAGAACGUAUAACUUUGUCUCUGGACUGUCACUGCCUGUAAGGACUCAUGGACAGCAUCAGAUUAACUUUUUUCCUCUAGGAGAAUACAAGCCUUAAUAAACAAUACAUAUUUAGCAA